AUAGCAGUUCGAUUUGUUCGAGAGAUCAAUUUUCAAUUGCGAUACUUUUAAAACGAUGUCUCGUAUUAGAUCGACACGUUCGCAAAGAUCAUAACAUACUUGUGACAGUUAUAUACGUUCGCUAAAAAUGUACUUUUGGCAACGCGUGCAAUGACAAGAUUUCAUCGAAUUAAUUUAAAUUACUAUAAAAUAAUGUCAAAUAUACUGAAACGAUUAAGCAAAAUGGCAUUACGAAACUCUUACAUGUCAUAUGUUUAACCUAUACCUCUGUUUCUGUGCUUUUGUAUUUUUCGUAUAUUUAUAAUGCACCUUAAUGAUUUGUAAAACGAUGAGAUGAUUCUUUAAUUAUACAAGGAAAAGAAACUAUGUCUCAUGGGAGAGGCAUUCAGCGAUCUAAAGAUCUUCUCAAAAAUGUUGACAGUUACCAACCGCCGUGUGCAUUUAUUACAGUGUUUUCAGAGUCUGAUAGAUCAUGGAAUACUAUUUGAGGAAGGUUUACGCAUCAGUUACAAAAUAUGUCAUCUUCAUGCUUAUCAAAAUCCAGUUGCCGAACAGAAGUUAAUAAACCUAGGUUUGAGAAUUGGUGAAUUUAUCAGUGAUGCAGGCUGGUACACAAAAAGUGAACAUGUAUUGUUAGCUUGUAAAAAAUUAUGUGUUGCAAAUAAUUCUACGCCUGAAGAUUGGUGUAGAACGCUAGAAUGUUAUCGCGGCUUGUUGCAUGUGCAAGCAGCGUAUUGUGAAUUUUUGCAAGCAGAAAAGACAUAUAAGCUUGCCGUAGAACUGAUAGAAAAAUUAGAAGCAAAAAGAUAUCAUUACAAUUAUGCUGCCUUGUACACUGAAUUCAGUGUAUUCUUUUAUAUGAAAGGAAAAUAUGACGAAGCUUACAGGUGGAGUAUAGCAGCGCUAAAAGAAUUGAAACCCACAUUGUCUGCACGUGUUACUAUUAAUGUUCUAAGACAGGCAGCAAAAUCAUGUGUAUUGAAACGCGAAUUUCAGAAAGCUGGUCUGUUGAUCAGAGAAGCUGUGUAUCUUGCUAAAGAAGUGUUCGGUGUAAAUCAUCCAGUGUAUAGUAAUGUUCUCAUAGAUUAUGGAUAUUACUGGUUAAACUUUGAUAGCAUUAUCAAUAGUGUUACUAUUUAUAAAGAAGCGUUAGACAUUAGAACCGAGAUAUUCGGUAAAAUGAAUUUACACGUUGCAUUAGCUCACGAAGAUUUAGCUUAUGCUCUGUACGUGUACGAAUAUAGAUCUGGUAAAUUUCCAGAAGCAAGUGUUCACAUUGAGAAAGCAAUAGACAUAAUGAAAAACCUUUUACAUGGAGAUCAUUUGUUGUUAGCAAGCGCAAAAAGAAUAAAUGCAUUAAUUCUUGAAGAAAUAGCAUUAGAUAACAUAUCGACGCCAUUAUCAAAACAAAGUCUGCUAUUCAAAGCUGAAUGCCUUCAUUUGUCUGCUCUACAAUCGGCAGAAGAAGCAUUUGGUGAACAAAAUGUACAAACUGCAAAACAUUAUGGCAAUUUGGGGCGUGUGUAUCAAAGUAUGAGGAAGUUUAAGGAAGCUGAACAAAUGCACCUUAAAGCAAUUCGGAUCAAGGAACAAUUAUUAGGACCGGAUGACCACGAGGUUGGCUUGAGCGUGGGACAUUUAGCCUCGUUAUACAAUUAUCAUAUGAAUCGGUAUAAAGAUGCCGAAAAACUUUAUCAUCGUAGCAUUGAAAUCAGUUUAAAAUUGUUUGGCAAAAGCUACAGUGGCUUAGAGUACGAUUAUCACGGUCUUUUAAAUGUUUACACGAAAUUAAACGAGUACGAUAAAGUUUUGGAAUAUGCAACCAUAUUAACCAAUUGGAAGGAGUUGAGAAAUAAAAAUGUUCAAUCCGAAGAUCCAAUUGAUCCAAAGAGACGUCCGCAACCAAUCAAAGAUGUAAUUAAUACAUUUUUUUCUAUAUACAGUUAUUAAAAUAAUUAUAAUUUUAUUUGAGUAACUCGGGCCAAAGUAUAAAUAAAAUCACGAGUUACGUUACACGAUUAGGAUUUUAUAAAUCAUAAUAUAUUUUUUCGGUAAUAUCGUUAAGAUUGUUCGAACAUAGUCACGUGAAAUUCUUCAUAUUUGUACUUUGUACCUCAUCGUUUUCUACGCAUUAAUUUUACAAUUAGUUUUAACAGAAAAAUCAAGAAUACUUAAGAGUCAAAAGUUUGAUGCGUUGUAAUCGAUCGUCAAUCGCAUUUAGAACAUUUUUAUUACACAAACAAAUUUAUAAUGGUUACGUAAGGAUUUAUGUCACUUGGAUCACUUGUCAAUUGAUUCACAAAAUCUUGAAAGAUAACACGUUGUACAUUUCAGAGAUAUACUCAGAUAUCGAUUUGUUGGAUAAUUGUUUUAUAUAAAUUUUAAUUGUAUGAUUUAUUCACAAAUUGUGUGAAAUCAAAUAUGUGAUAUGUGAUGUAAUGUUACUUUGUAUCAAAUAUUUUGUUCCUAUAUAAAGAUUGUAAUAAAUAACAAGACUAGAAAAAAUGUUGAUUUUCAUAAUAUUAAAUUAGAGAGUUAUAUUAUGUGAUAG